UCUCUUCCUACAAUGCCCCUUGAUCCGAAGAUCUCUGGAAACACGAUGGUUGAAACCAUAUACUUCGACAAGGACUUCCCGCACAAAGACGGCUGGGUUAGCAAUUUCAACCAAAAAGUCCAAAACAUUCUGAAUCUUCGGGGCAACCAAUUCAAAGCAGCGAGUGGGGGGUGGGCACAUCAAGCGGCUGUGGCACCGGGUACUACGGAUGAAUGUUUGGUUUGGUUUGCAAUUGUCGGAUGGCCUUCAAUGCAAGCUCAUUUGGAAUGGAGAGACUCGCCAGAGCACCAUGAGAAUACUAAGUUGCUAGAGCAGUACAAAGAUUGGUGGAAGGGCCUUAUCAGAGUUCAUUCAAGCAUGCAUGAGAUCUACAAAUGCUAG